AGGCAAAUCACAUAUAAUUUGCACCCGGCUGGCCAAAGAUGGCAAUGGGUACCAACAAGAACAAAAGACCUUUAUUGGGAUCAGUUCCAGGUAAUUUUAAUUCUAUAAUAAAUCAUUUUCUUCUAUAAUAAAUCAUUUUUUCAUAUAAUUUGUUUCUUAAAUAACUUAUUUUCAUUUCACAGAGGUUAGUUACUUGGGAUAGUGAGCAGUUCAGUGAUGAACAAAUAAAAGCCGGUUAUCUAAAGUAUUUGAAAAAACAAGCCUACUCCAAAAUCAUGACUCGAUUAAGGAAAACUUGACCUCCAACUGUGAAUGAUUUCACUUGGUCUAUUGUUGAAGAAUUUAAGAAGUCUAUACAGUUUGUCAAGGCAUCAAAGUCUGGUAAAAAAAAUCGCAUUGCAGGUGGAGAUAGGUGUAAGCAAUACGGAGGGUCUCAAUCCGCUAUUGAUUUAGCUACACAAGAGUUGAGAGCCACUGGCAAACACAUAAACCCUGUGAAGAUGUAUGGUAUUUAUCAUCCAGAGAAAAGGAAGAAUGGAGAGCUUAUUACAUGUCCCUCACAAAAUGUGGUGAAGUCUCAGCCUUCAAGUCAAGAAGAAAGUUCAACAACACCCAAGAUCUCAUCAACUAAAUUGUCUUCCAAAUACUUGGAAGUUGUUGGGUGCAAAAAGAUGAGAGUUGGUGGACUUGGCAGCUAUUCAGAAGCUUUCCUUCAUCAUGUAAAUAAGUCAAGUACAGAACGUUUGUCUUCAAGAGCUCGCCGGAUGCGUGAAUUUUGUGUUUAUUGGGAUGCACGCAUGAGGGAGGUGUGAAUUUCAGAGGGUGAUGAAGCCCCCCCAGUUAUGCCAAUUGUAGAUGAUCUUGUUCAAGACGAGGAGCCCGAUUCACAGCCUAAGAACUUUGAACAAACAUGGCUUCCAUUUUUAAAAUCAAUAGGGAUUGAUGCGCCCACUUUCUUUGCAACAUCGGAAUCCUCUAGAGACUCGGGAGACAGUCUUGAUGAAUCAUGUUCUCAUUAGUUUGUCAUUAGAUUCGUGUUAAGUUUAAUUUUACUAUCUCGUUUCUAUUUCAAGUUGUUAAAUUUCACUAUGAAUUGAUUAAUGAUGAAUGUUUUUAUUUCUUAGCAAGUUUUGGACCAAAGUAUGUAAUAAUAUGUGUUGAAUAUGGUUGCUAUG